GUCCAAUUUACUAACUGGUUAUGAAGCAACGCACAGAGGAUUCGAUGGAUCCUGGACUGGUGCCCUGCUUCCUGAUCUGGUCCACAUCACAUCAGGGUCCUCCUUGGACCUGGACCUGGUUGUAGAUGAGGUUUGAGAAGUUUAAUGAAGGACUUUGUCGUGGCCUCAGCUGACAAACUGACGACAACUCAGACAAACACAGAAUGUGCUUCAUCAUCGCAGCUCCCCCCUGGGGGCAUGUAAGGAGGGGGAGGAGCAGCGGGAGGAGGGGGAAGUCUCAGCUGGGACUUUCCUUCCUAGCCUGCAGGGAGAAAAGUUUGGAUGACUGGGCACAGAGCCGGAGAUGUUCACCGGUGCUUCCAGGGUGGAGAAUGCGGAGCUGGAGGAGCAGCAGGCAGCUGUCCCUCCGCUCGGGGGCCCUCCUCCUGCUGCUGCUGCUCGGUCCUCCGCUGCUCGUCGCUCUGCAGCUGAUCGUCAUCGGUCCACGGUUACCGAGAACCGCGGCGCUAGGCACCGGGGAACGGGAGGGAGCCGUGGCCUUCUCCGUGAUCAGCAUUGAACCAGAGAGGAGCUCACAACGUUGGGGACCGGCGUCAGUGGGACCGCGUCUGCAGGAGGAGGAGGAGAUGGAGAAAGGUGGAGGGAGGAGGGAGCAGAUAGGAGCAUAUGAAGAUGAGAAAGAAAUUCACCAGGUUGGAUCCAGAGAUCUGGAGGUACAGCCGUGGGCGACCGGCAGGCCGUCAUUCACUGCAGAACUGGGUCGUCUUAUUGCAUACAUCACCACUCCACAAUUGAAGUGUUCCAGGGUCAUACGUCCUGCAGAGUCUCAGGCGUCGGCGCCUCCUGCAGCAUCGGCCCAGUGGCUGCUGUGUGCUGAGGAUUGGCUUCUUCCUGCUGCAGAUGGACCGUGUGUUGCAUACUCCUUCAGCAUGGAUGGAAGAGAUGCAGACUUUUUAAAGACUGUGUCUAUGCUGGGAUGUGAAGUUCACAGGUUUGAUCCCAGCAACCCCAACGCAUCUGCUGGUCACCUUGGCAACAGUUUAGAUGGUAACCAUGGCGACCGAGGUGUGGUAAACCAGCACAAGAUGUGGCUGGAGUGGCGUGCUCCCAGGAAGCACAAGGCCAGAGGCAACCUGGGGAGUGUGUCCCAAACACUUUCAGACAUCAUGGCAGCUCUGGGACAUCCCACUGUUAAUUUCGUGUACGCUGACCUGCUCAGUGUCGAGUGGCGAGUUUUCCAGAACUGGAUCGAGUCAGGAACCCUACAGAGUGUCCAUCAUCUGGUUGCCACAGUUCAUCUACAGUGGGCAGGGUUUGAAGUAGGAGGAACGAACGAGGAAGUUCUCCGCUAUUGGUUCAGCGUCCUCCAGGGCCUCCAGGAUUCUGGUUUGAAGCUCGUCCACAGCUCGGCCGGAUUUGGCAGCAGCGUCCUCAAACAGGCAGUGAAUAAUGCUCACAGCUCUUACACACUCAGCUGGGUCAACACGAGACACUGACACUCAGACGCGAAUGGCAACGGACAAACACACAUGACUGAGACACUAAGCCUCAAACUAAAACAAGAGUGAUCUUGAGUUUGUAGAAUUAACUUUCCAUCGCUCACUUUGGUCCUAUUCUUUUAUGGCAAGACACCUCCCUCUAGUGGAUUUGAAGGGAUCUUUGUGCAUAUUUUCUCAGUUUAUUAGGUGGAUCCUGCUGUAUCUUGAAGGUAAAUUUAUUUGAAGCAUUUUGUGCUCAGUUGUCUUCUGACGUGCAAUAUUUGUUUACACUGAAACAAGGCUUUAAAUAUAUGGUACCAUAUAAUGUUUUUCUUUUUAUACCAAAAAGAUGAAUUGCCAUAAUUCAUAUCUUGUUCUAUUUAAGAUUUUUUUUAGAAAUUCAGUCUCCACCUAAAUCAAACUGAACACAGAUAAUAUUGGCUAUUUUUGUAAUGAAUGCAGGUUAUUACGUGGUUUAUUUUACCUGUUUUCCUCAAUAUUUUUACUAAGCUGACCCAUAUUAUAAAACAAUAAUAUUUAUUAACCCUCAAAAACAACAUAAAUAGACCACAGUAAACGUUUUUCUACGGCCAUUAAAGGUUGUGUUUGACAUGC